CACAUGAUAGCCAGGGGAGAAUUCGGGGAGGAGAAAAGGUUUUUCUUUGCAGUCGUUCGUCAUAUGAUUAAAAGUCCAGCGGAAAACUGAAAAUGUUGCGGAUUUGCGUGAUUCUCUCGCUGUUUAUUGCAGCCACCCAUGCAGCUGGCGAAUUCACGGUGCUGAAUCGACCCAAGGCGAUCAGCUUCAAGGGCAACGAUGCACUGGAGAGCCACUACGUCGGCGACGUGCUCUACGCUUCUCUGGGCAACGCCGUUGUGGGCGACUCCAACUGGAACGGCCUGACCAUCAACGAUCCCUUCAACCUGGCCAAGGGCGUCAUCCUGGUCCAUGUCCAGGGCAUUGGACACGUGACCACCGCCGGCAACGUCAAGUCCUAUGAACUCACUGGAACCGGAACGGAUGCCUCCCUGAAUGCCCUGGCCGCCGAGCUGGAGGCCGCUAAUGAGCCCGUCUGCGACAUCAACUUCGAGCAGUUCGACGAUGGUGUUCAAGCCUGGAAAUCCUGCUUCGGUGACUUCGAGGCCCCGGCUGCCAAGCCCACCAAGCACCUGAAUCCAUCUCUGCACUCCGCCGACAAGCAGUUCCUGCAGGAGGUUGGAUUCAUCAACGGUGCUGCCGAUCAUCUGGCCGAGAUGGCCAAGCCCUCCAAUGUCCUGCUGCUGCGCGUGUCCGUCGAUGGAGUGGCCAAGGCUCAUGGCGAGAAGUCCGUGGCCGUGGACGAGGCCAACAAGCUGCUGUCCGCCGCCAUUAGCCGUCUGCUGUCUGCCUCCCAGAAGUCCAGCGACUCGGUUCUUUUUGUCCAGACCACGGAGAAGGAUGUGGCUGCGUCGCGCGCCAAGCGUGAUGUCCUGCCUCCCUCCACUACCAAUCCCUUCAACCUGGCCGUCUACUACGACAACAACUACCCGGUGAUCUUCAACAUCAUCCUUUGGUUCAUGGUCGUCUUCGGACUGUCGCUGCUGGCCAUCUGCUAUGCCAUCGCUGCCAUGGAUCCCGGCAGAGACUCCAUCAUCUACCGCAUGACCUCCACCCGCAUCAAGAAGGAUAACUAAGCGAAAGUGGAGCUGAGGAGCGAGAGGAGCUUGCGUUACGCUUUGUUAGUUCGUCCCCUUUCUACUUCAAUCCAACAGCGGAUAAACUGUGUGUAUGUGUGUGUGUGCGUACAGCUGUCGCAGUAGUUGGUUUUAUUAUCUAUACAUAAGUAUUAACAAACUUAUCAGUUUUCGAUGCAGUUGCGGCUGAGCAACAACAAUUCCAUAGUAAUUUGUUAUAUUUUCCUGUUUUGUUGUACUUUUUAGGUUUAUAUAUAUAUGUACACGAAUAUGCACAACAUACUCGCCAAGUCAGUCAGUUUUUCAAACGAUUCAUCAUAUGUAAAUUAUCAAAAUGUGAAGUGUUAAAAAGUAACGUUAAAUAUAUAUAGCCUAAAAAGACAAA